AUGUCUCGAAAACUCAAAGUUAUUUGCCUAUUGAUCGCCCUGAUGUGUUGUGUGGUUCUUCUCUCAGCGAAUCAUGUUAAGGCAGCAGACGAAGAAGUAACUGUAGAGAAAGAAGGACAGUCACAACAGACUCCAACAGAUCAAGCCUCAAUUCCAUCAAACGAGAAAGACAACAAAGAAUUGAAUACUCCCUCGAACAAGAAUCCACCCGAAUCAAGCUCUCUCGAUCUGGAUAGGAACGAAUGGAGAAACUUGAUGAAACAAUUAAGAAAGUAUCAGUUCGGAAAUGACUGGUUUGAAGAUCAUCAUGACUCUCUAUUCCCUUCCUCAUUCUUUGGUAAUCGAUGGUGGAAUAGAAUGUUUGAUGACGAUGAAGAUGAUUGGUUCUCAAAUUCAUUCCGUAAAAUGAGAAGAAGAAUGAAUAAUUUGAUGAAGAGACAUUUACUUCCUUCCAUCUUUGAUGAUCAUCAGUGGUGGGAGGAUUGGAGUAACACUAUCAAUUCUUUGAGAAAGCCUGCAUUAGAGUCAACCAAAGAUGAAUCUUCAAAAGAUAAACAGGUUGGUGUUCCAACGAGAAGAGGUCCUAUUUCCUCCCAUGUGAAAACUUCAUCCAAUGAUGAAGGAAAUGUUGUGAGUGUCUCUGUCACUAACAUUCCAAGAGAUGUGUUUGACAAGAAAGAUAUUGAGGUUAAGGUUCAAGAAAAUGUUCUUGGAGACAUGAUCAUUAUUAGAGGAGAAAAAGAAAAACUGACAAUGGCCAUUACGAAUUUUCCAAGUCGUACAGAUUCCCAAAGGGCUCUAUCGACAUGGACAAGGUGA